AUGGCAGAGAACGACGCACGCCUCGCGGCAUCGCAAAUGUACGAGUCUGUCACAUCCUUACCCCCAGCAAAACGCCACAUCAUCACCCACAACGCAGAGGGUAAAAGCACUGUCCAUUCGAGCCCGACGUUACAGUACUACGGAUACCCAGGUAUCGGUGGAACAUCUCGAUCAUACGCCACAUCCUCCAUCCCAGCUUCCCUCCAAAACGACCAGGACAUCUCUGCCUACACACCGCAAGAAGGAGAAUCAAGCUACACAGGCCGCAGCAUCGUAGCCAACGGUUCUGGUUCCCACCUCAUCGUCUGCGACCUCGCUCCUGGGCAGGCUAGUCAGAUGCACCGCACUGUGUCCAUUGACUACGUAAUCUGCACCCAUGGCGAUGUCCGUAUGGAGACUGCGACUGGGGAGAUGGUGGAUUUGAAACCUGGUGAUCACAUUAUCCAGCGAGGCACGAUGCACAAGUGGCAUAAUGCGUCGGAGACUGAGCCGGCGAGGUUCAUUGCUAUCACGUUGCCUGCGGAGCCGUUUCAGGUUCCGGGUACGGGGGAGAUGCUGGCGGAGGAGCAUGUUAAGGGGAGUGAGGCUAAAGAAUGGGGUGUUAGUAAGAUCUAG